CGCAACGAUGGUGGGUAACGGCACAAGGAUGCUUCUGGAUCUCAAGAGAUUGAGAGGGUUUUAGUGAGUGGGGCUCAUAUGGGUGAUUUUUGUGUGUUGAUGGAGCGACCACACCGAAGGACUCGAAAUCUAGUCUUUAUCAAUAAAAUAAAAGAGGAGCUGUUCCACGUUGGUGAUAUGUUUCUUUCCUUGGAAGAUUGCGGAUCUUCUUGUGAGAUUUAUUUAUUAAUCAAUGAGGAAGGUAGUUGGUCUGGUGAUGGGAGUGAAGUUCGGUUUGGUAGCAGACGAGGUCGCCCCAACCCGAUGGAAAGAAACGAUGCUUACGAUGGAUGGGAUUCCAAUUCGAUCCCCUUCCCUUGAAUCUUGAUGUGUCCUGUUCAUCCAUUCACACGUGACGUGAUAUUUUCUUGCUGGUUUGGUUUGAGGUUGGUGCAGCUCGAGCUCGAGCAGUCAGUUGCUGCAGUGCUGCGAAUUGACCGCCGGAGACGACGCAAGCAAUGAGGCCAGCAGGCCGGCCGGACCCACGUGUCAGUAUCAGCCACUCCUCCUCCAGUCCGCGUCGUCUUCUUCUUCCUCCAUAGCCGUCGAGUUGCUUGGGGUGAUGGUGCACGUGGUCAAUCAAAUCGAUCGGGCAGAGAUCGAGUAGUGGAAGGAGGUCAUGCUCGGCGAGGCCAAUUAAUUAGUAGCUGAUAUACCACUCUCCUUAGGCGGAGGAGGAGGACCUGCGAUUCAUUGAGGAGGAGGAGGAGCUUAGGCGGCGGCGGCGCCAUGGACGCGGAGAGAGGAGAUGCCCAGUUGCCCCUGCUGGAUCACCCGAACCAGCUGCAGCCGCAGGUUUCCUCAGCAAAUCAGCACUUUAGCAAGCCCUUCAGCUGGAAGGCUCCUGCCAUUGUUUUGGCCUUUGAAUUCUUGGAGAGCAUUGCUUACUCCGGGAUCGCACUCAACUUGGUCGUCUAUCUUGGAACAGUCCUCCAUGGAAGUACUGCUUCCAAUGCAGCAAAUGUUGAUGCAUGGAAUGGUGCCACGUUUCUUACACCUGUUCUUGGAGCCUUUCUUGCUGAUACAUACUGGGGAAAAUACAAGACCAUAGCUAUCUCUAUAGUAUUCUAUGUUGUUGGAUUGCUCGUAAUUACCGCAUCUGCUGUCAUUCCAUCCCUACGGCCUGCCUCAUGUGAAGGAACUUCUUGCCCUCCUGCAACAGGGUUUCAAUAUUUUGCGCUCUUUGCUUCAUUGUACCUUGUUUCGCUUGGUACUGGGGGCGUCAAGUCAGCUUUACUUCCCUUCGGAGCGGACCAAUACAAUGAUUCUAACCUCGAAGAGAGUAAAAAGAAGCAAUUGUUCUUCAGCUGGUUCUUCAUUGCUGUCAACCUUGGAGUGUUCAUCUCGGGCACUGUUCUUGUCUGGAUACAGCAAAAUGUUGCUUGGUCUCUUGGAUUUGGCAUCUCAUUGAUAUGCCUUGUUAUCGCCACAGUUGCCUUUUUUGUUGGAACACCAGUCUACAGGGUCCAACUUCCAACUGGGAGCCCACUGAAAAGUAUUAUAAUGGUAUGUGUUGCCUCUUUUAAGAAGCGAAAAGUGGCGGUUCCUGCUGAUAGCACACUAUUGUUUCAAGGGGAUGGCAUUGAAUUGAGCAACACAGUGCCAAACAAAUUAGCACACACCGAUGAAUUCAGGUGCUUAGAUAAGGCUGCUGUAAUUUUAGAGGACCAAGACAUAAAGGAUAUCUGUCGUCCAUGGCCAUUAUGUACAGUAACUCAGGUGGAGGAAGUGAAGAUUCUGCUCCGGAUGCUUCCAAUAUGGUUCACCGGUGUCUUGUAUUCAGCUGCAAUGUGCCAAACUGCUACCACGUUCAUUCAACAGGGGAAUGCAAUGAACACCAAGAUCGGAUCCUUCUCUGUGCCUGCUGCGUCUCUGAACUCUGCCGAGGUAAUCUUUAUGAUGGUUUGGGUUGCGUUCCAGGACAGCAUUGUGAUCCCAAUAGCCAGAAGAUACACUGGAAAUCCUGCAGGACUUACGCUACUGCAGCGGAUGGGUAUUGGCCGGUUUCUAGCGAUUCCAGCAUUGGGAGCAGCUGCACUGGUUGAGAUGUGGAGAUUGCGCAGUGUGAAGGCUGGCCAAAAUUUAAGCAUAGGGUGGCAACUCCCACAGUUUGUGAUCCUGGCCUGCUCUGAUGUAUUCUGCGGCAUAGCGCAGCUUGAGUUCUUCUACUCCGAGGCCCCGGCGUCGAUGCGUAGCUUGUGCUCGGCAUUCCAAUUCCUUGCAAUGUCACUGGCUUACUACGUGAACACACUCCUCAUCUCGAUCAUCGCUGUUGUGACUAAGAUGUGGGGUGGGCAGGGCUGGCUUCCUGCUGAUGUGAACGAUGGUCACCUCGACUAUUACUUUUGGUUGUGGACGGUGAUCAGCGUGGUGAACUAUGUUGUAUACACGGCGUUUGCAAAGAAUUAUACAGUCAAGAAGGUCGUCCCCCAGUAAAUGAUGCUCCUGCUCUGGCUCAAUAAGCUCUCUCUGUGUCCAUCCUCUAGGCUGUAGUAUUCUUCUGAACUGUGCUACUGCUCCAGGACCAAUAUUAUUUAUUGAGGUGUAUGUAAGCAAGUAAAGACCACCAAAGUUCGUUUCUUUCUGUUCUGUUCAUUUGAAUAAAAGUGCCUCUGGACUAGAGUGAUUCUUCGUAAUGUUCUCUUUCUCAAUGCUUAUAAACAUCGCCAAAAACAUGUUAUGUGCAUGCAGAUUGAUUGAAAUGAUGUGUUGGUGUUCGUUC